CGAGUGCUGCUGUCCUGCUGCGCACACACACAUAAAACCCCACGCAACGCAUCGCGACGAACACCGAAAACCCUAGCCUCCCCCCUCUCCCCGCGCCGUGGCGUUGCCCUACCACUCCCCGGCUCCGCACGGUAAUGCCAUCGACCUCCCGCUAGUCCCCCCUCCAUUCCAGAAGGAAUACCUCAUCCAGAGAUGGCCGCGGACUCUGCCGCGGCCUGCGUGGCGACGGCGAUCUCCGCUGUGAUGGACUGGCGAUCCUCUCCCGACGCCCGUAACGCCGCCUUCGCCUAUCUCGAAUCGGUAAAAAGUGGAGAUGUCCGAGCGUUGGCGGGCACAUCUUUUCUAUUGGUUCGGAAGCAUCAGGCUUCAGAGAUCCGGCUGCAUGGGUUUAAAAUGUUGCAGCACUUGGUGAGAUUGAGAUGGGAGGAACUCAGUGUUGCAGAACGAAAUGAAUUUGCUAACUUGACCAUCAAUUUGUUGUCAGAGGUUAUUGGUCCUCAUGAGGAGUGGGCUUUGAAGAGUCAAACAGCUGCAUUAGUAGCUGAGGUAGUUAGAAGAGAGGGGGUUACUUUGUUAAAUACAUUACUUCCCUCUGUUGUUUCUCUGUCUAACACCGGCCCUGUUGAGGCUGAGCUAUGUUCUAUGAUUCUAAGGUGGCUUCCAGAGGAUAUCACUGUUCACAACGAGGAUUUAGAAGGUGAUAAACGACGAGCACUGUUGCGUGGCCUUACUGAGGCACUGCCACAAAUUCUACCUCUGUUAUAUUCUCUAGUUGAGAAACAUUUUGUAGCCGCUUUAAGCGAGCACACGAAGCAGCAAAUGGAGUUGGCUAAACAUCAUGUAGGGACAGUAACAGCUGUUCUAAAUGCUAUCAAUGCAUAUGCUGAAUGGGCUCCUGUAACAGAUCUUGCCAAAUAUGGUUUAAUUCAUGGAUGUGGGUCCUUACUUUCUUACAGUGAUUUUCGCCUCCUUGCCUGUGAGUUCUUUAAAAUAGUUUGUCAGAGAAAACGACCUGCAGAUGUCGCAGUUUGCGAGUAUGAUGCAGCAAUGAGCAACAUUUUCCAGGUGUUGAUGAACAUCUCCCAAGAAUUUUUAACCAAAUCUAGGAUGCAGCCCACUGCUAUUGAUGAAAGUGAAUACGAGUUUGGAGUUUGUAUUUGCGAGACAGUAGUUGCUCUAGGCUCUUCUAACAUGCAGUGCAUACUGGUUGAUGGAGCUAGAACUUCACACUUCCUACAACAAAUGCUGGAAUAUUACCAACAUUACAGGAUUGCACUCCAUUUCCAAUCUUUGUUGUUUUGGCUGGUGGCAUUGAGGGAACCAUCGAAAGCUAAGUCUGUUGCUCGUGUUUCUGGUGACACCUCACAUGCUGGAAAUUUGUCUUCUGUUGGUGUCAGUGCAACUGAAAAGGAGAAAAAAGGGGUGUCGUUAUUUAUUACCGAUGAAAUAUACAGUACACUAUUGGACGUUUCUUUCAAAAGAAUGCUUAAGAAAAGUGCGAAUUCAUCUUCAAGUCUGUUAGAACUAUGGAAUGAAGAGCUUGAGGGGAAGAGUGACUUCAGCAACUAUCGUACCAAAUUGCUGGAUCUCAUGAGAGUCAUUGCUUCUCAAAGGCCUGUUAUUGCUGCAGCAAACAUUGUACAGAGAAUAAAUGUUGUUUCUGGGGAUGCUAAUCAAACAACAAAAUCCCCCCAGGAUCUUGACGCUAUGGUAGGUGCCCAGCUGGGGCUUGAAACAGUUGUUAGUGCCAUAUUUGAUGGCUCAGGUGAUUAUGCUAAGACUGACCAGGAGGCAAAAUUCCAAAUUCACAGGACUUUUGAAGGCUUACUUCAGCAGCUUCUUUCUUUGAAGUGGACAGAACCUAGCCUCUCAGUUAUUCAUGGUCAUUAUUUGGAUUCUCUGGGUCUGUACUUGAGACAUUAUCCAGAUGCAGUUGCUAGUGUUGUGAACAAGCUUUUUGAACUAUUGACAUCUCUCCCGAUUACAAUUCAGCAACAGGGCGCAUCGAAUAAUUCCCGGCAAGCUAGGUUACAGAUUUGCUCAUCAUUCAUUCGCAUAUCAAGAGCUGCUGAUAAAGCACUUCUGCCUCAUAUGAAGAACAUUGCCGAUACCAUGGCAUACCUUCAAGGAGAGGGCCGCUUACUACGUGCUGAGCAUGAUCACUUAUGUGAAGCGUUUCUUAUUAUGGCCUCCUCCUCUGGGAUUCAACAGCAACAGGAAGUCCUGGCCUGGUUACUUGAACCUCUUAACAAAACAUGGACCCAAGUGGAAUGGCAAACUGCAUACUUGUCUGACCCAUCUGGUUUGACAGACAUGUUUGCUGACACCCAAUUUAUGUGGUCAAUUUAUCACACGGUUACAUUCUUUGAGAAGGCACUCAAGCGGAGCGGUACCAAAAGGUCUACAACAGCUCCACAAGCAGCCACCACCACAACAACAGCAACUGGUUAUCUGCAUCCGAUGUCUUCACAUCUAUCAUGGAUUCUGCCGCCUCUCUUAAGGCUGCUGAGAUGUAUACAUGCACUUUGGGCCGAGCCAUUUGCUCAGUCGCUGACAGGAGAAAUCAAAGCGGCCAAAAGCAUGACUAUCUCGGAGCAGGCCAGUCUACUGGGAGAGACAAGUAAACUCACCAAGGGCCAGGUUGCACCUGCUGAUGGAUUACUGGAUCUUCAAAGGGAGGGAGAGUCUAAGGAAAAUAACAUAAGAAACUGGUUACGAGGCGUCCGUGACAGUGGGUACAAUCUUAUAGGAUUAGCAGCUACUCUUGGUGAAGCAUUUUUCCGAUGCAUAGAUGGUUCCUCUGUCAUCCUUGCUCUUAUGGAGAAUGUGCAAGUUAUGGAGUUUCGUCAUUUGCGCCAACUCAUGCACCUUGCUGUUGUUCCUUUGGUUAAAUAUUGCCCUGCUGAACUAUGGCAGAUAUGGACAGUGAACCUUCUGCAACCAAUAUUCGUUCACUGUCAGCAAGCUCUUGAUUAUUCAUGGUCAAGUCUUCUACGUGAGGGCCGAGCUAAGGUUCCUGAUAACUUCGGUAAUCUUUCUGGGUCAGAACUUAAGGUUGAGGUGAUGGAAGAGAAGCUGUUACGGGACUUGACUCGUGAAAUUUGUUCUGUGCUUUGGGUGUUAGCAUUACCUGGUUUGAAUAGUGGACUUCCAUCUUUGGAACAACUUGGACCUGUCAACCGGAUUGAUUUUUCUCUUAAAAGUCUGGAGUCAUUUGCUUCCAGCUCUCUUACUGGAUUUCUUAUGCUUAAUGCUGGCACUGCCCUGCCUGCUUUGAGAAUAACUGUUGAAGUGUUCAGUUGGCCAGAUAGUGAAGCAGUGACUAAAGUAAUACCCUUUUGUGGUGCAUUGAUUCACCUUGCUGUUGCAACAAACCGGGCUGAGCUGAGGCAGUUUGUUGGAAAGGAUCUAUUUUCUUCUAUAAUACAGGGCUUAUCUGUUGAAUUGAAUGCCGUUGUGAGUGCAGAGCUUAUUGGACUUUGUCGAGAAAUAUAUCUUUAUCUAUCAGACAAAGAUCCUGCACCUAAACAGGUUCUUCUAUCCCUCUCAGACAUGAAGCAGGAAGAUUUGCUGGCUUUUGAUGAUUCUUUGAGCAAAACUGCUAGUCCAAAAGAGCAGAAGCAACAUAUGCGAAGCUUACUUCUGCUAGCUACAGGGAACAAACUAAAAGCUCUUGCUUCUCAAAAGACCACUAAUAUUAUCACCAAUGUUACAACUCGAAAUCGGGGCACUGUAGCACACCAUGGAUCCAAUGCUGAAGAUGAUGAUCACAUCGGAUUAGCUGGACUAUCAUAGGAAUGACCUGCUGAAGUUGCAGUUGUGUACAAAAUGGUGAAAAGAUGGUUCUAAACUUGGUACUGUGGUAAAGAAUUGUCAAAAACCAGAUUCUUGCAGCAUUCUUUUUUUGAAUAUGCAAGUGCGUACCAUAUAUUGAAGGAGAGACGGUGAAGAACCCAUCCACAUCAAAAUGUUACAUAUGUCAAUUAGGGCUGGGCAUUCGGUUCCCCUGAACCGAUCAGUUCGGUGCUUUGGGUAAUUUAGAAAUUCGAUUUAUUGAAAUUGUAGACUGGUUUCCUCCAAAA